GAAAAAAAUUGAUACUCCUGAAUACUUACAUAUGAAGCUCAUUCAUGAUGGGUAAAAUUUUCCAUGAUUCAGGAUCAAGCGAAUGAUUUAUUAGCAAUGAAGAAAACUUUUACUAAGUCUAAAUGGAAACCAGAGGAAGAUAGAAUUUUGAAAGAUUAUGUUAUUCAAUAUGGUGAUAGAACUUGGACUCAUGUUCCAAAACGCACGGGCCUUCCUCAUAAUCCUGCAAGUUGUCGUUUUCGUUGGAUGAAUCAUCUUAAGCCAAGCUUGAAAAAAGGGCCCUUUACCGAUGAGGAAGAGAAGCGUGUUCUCCAACUUCAUGCUGUUUUGGGGAACAAAUGGUCACAAAUGGCUAGAGAAUUCCCUGGUCGAACAGAUAACGAGAUAAAGAAUUUUUGGAACGCAAGACGUAUGCGAUUGAAAGGAAAGGGUUUACCAGUUUACCCUGAUGAAGUUCGAGAGCAGGCGAUACGUACAGCAGCACAAUAUGGUGUAAAAGUUGAAUUAUUGAAUGCUCAUUAUAGUCAAGACUCAUUGAUGGCAGGCAAUGUCGAGAAACCUCAAGAACUCAAUAACUUGGCACUCAAUCAAUGUUCUCCGUAUUACCAGUCAACGCUUGCCAAUGUUCAGCCUAGCCGCAAUCGCGUUAUGGAACCAGAAACAACAUUUCCUUUCACGGGUGGAUCUGCCAUGAACGAGCAAAACCCUACUCUCUUGUGUAAUCCUUACGUGGAGAGCACUCAAGAACAGUUACCUGACAGCCAUUUGUUUGGAAAUGUUACAUAUUCUUCUCCUCCUAUGCCUCUCAUUCACGAGGUUGAGAACUUGGAGCUCCCUUCAUUCCAAGGCUUUGAUUUUCAUGAAGAGCCUAGCAGUUUUGGAGCAGAACAAUAUAACCCAAUGCUGAAUCUUGAGCCACACAACACUUUGGUCCAGUCUCCUCUGAUAGGCCAGACACCAACAGAUUUCCCAUCAUCAUUCUAUGAUGAAUUGUUGGAUGAAUUGUUGGAAUCAGUUGUUAACGGUUCAUUAGGAGAAAUACCGAAAACCGAUACCAGUUCGGAGUCCCAACUGUUUCAGUCCUCUCUACGUAGCCAUACCGAUGCUACACCAGACAUUGCAAACACAACUGGUUAUGUUGGUUCAAAUGAGAGAAACACAACAAAUGAUGACGAUUGGAUAAGACUACUUCUCGAUGAGGGAUUCAUAUAA